UCGUUAUCAUCUCAAAUGCUACCACCCAAAUAUCACCAUUGAAUACAGAACUAGCACGCCGCAAACAAUAAGCUCCAUAAUUUUUAACUAAUGGAGGUAGAGAGGGUACAAGCUCUAUCCAACGGUGGACUGAAAGAACUGCCACCGCAAUUUGUCCGGCCCGCCCAUGAACGGCCGGAAAACACUGUAGCUAUUGAUGGGGUCACGGUGCCUGUGAUUUCCAUGUCUUUGCCACAUGAUGUUCUUGUGAAUGAAGUCAAUAAAGCAUGUAGCGAAUGGGGGUUUUUUCUCAUAACAGAUCAUGGAGUACCAUUGUCAUUGAUUCAACACUUGAAAGAAGUUGGGCAGGAGUUCUUUGCAUUGCCACAGGAGGAAAAGGAGGUCUAUGCUAAUGAUCCUACUACUGGAAGGUUUGAAGGUUAUGGUACAAAGAUGACCAAAAACCAUGAUGAAAAGAUUGAGUGGAUUGAUUAUUUCUUUCAUGUCAUUGCUCCUGUUUCCAGGGUUAAUUAUGAUUUAUGUCCUGAAAACCCUCCUUCGUAUAGGGAAGUGACCGAAGAGUACAAGAAGGAAAUGGUGAAAAUGGCAGAUGAGCUGUUGAAGUUGCUAUCAAAAGGACUUGGCUUGGAAGAAAAUGUACUCAAAUCCCAUUUAGGAGAUGAGAAAGUAGAGCUGGAAAUGAAAAUAAAUAUGUAUCCACCAUGCCCACAACCUCAUUUGGCACUUGGAGUUGAACCUCAUACAGACAUGUCUGCCCUUACCAUUCUUGCUACAAACGAUGUUCCAGGCCUCCAGGUUUGGAAAGAUGAUAACUGGGUUGCUGUUAAUUACUUGCCUAAUGCACUUUUCAUUCAUGUCGGGGACCAGCUUCAGGUACUGAGCAAUGGAAAAUAUAAGAGCGUUCUUCACAGAAGUUUGGUGAACAAGGAAAAGAUGCGUAUGUCAUGGGCGGUGUUUAUUAUACCUCCACAUGAAGCAUUGAUUGGACCAGUUGCAGAGCUUAUGGAUAAUCAGAACCCACCCAAAUAUUCUACCAAAACUUUUGCCGAGCACCGAUAUCGGAAACUCAAUAAACUCCCUCAAUAAAUUAAUUAAAUAUUUUUAAUAUUAUAUGUGAAGUAAAAUAAAGAAUAAUAAAAAGAAGGUAAAAGAAAGAAUGAUUUUUUGUGUUUGUUUUAUUGAUUGUAACACCUAUUUAUAAAUGUAAAGGGUUACAAAAAUAGAGUUUAUCUGUAUAAAAAAAUCUAUUUAUAGAGAUAAAGAUAAACAUUCAAUAUUAUCUAAAUACAUUAAUAUUAUCAUAA